UCCAGCCCCGCCCCGCGCCAGAGCCGAGUCGGAGCCCCGCCGCCGGCACCCGGCCUCAGCCCCAGCCAGAGCCGGCACCAGCGUAGCCGGAACGGCGGACCCCGCGCCCCGGCGGCCCGGAGGCCCGGCCGGCGAAGGCAAGCUCCCUGGACUGGUCAGACGCGCCCCGUACACCUGGGAGAGUCAGGAUGAGCCUUUCCUCAGGGCGGCCCGCGGCCUGCGCCCACAGCAUGGCCUGACCCUGGAGGCACACACCAUGGCCACGGGAGGGAGCCGGGCCUUUGCUUGGCAGGCGCUCCCACCCAUGCCCACCUGCCGGGUGUAUGGCACAGUGGCGUACCAGGAUGGACACCUGCUGGUGCUGGGGGGCUGUGGCCAGGCUGGACUGCCCCUGGACACCGCUGAGACACUGGACAUGGCCUCACAUACCUGGCUGACACUGGCACCCCUGCCCACUGCCCGGGCCGGCGCCGCCGCCGCGGUGCUGGGCAAGCAGGUGCUAGUGUUGGGGGGUGUGGAUGAGGGCCAGAGCCCUGUCGCCGCUGUGGAGGCCUUCCUGGCCGACGAGGGCCGCUGGGAGCGUCGCGCCACCCUGCCUCAGGCAGCCAUGGGCGUUGCGACUGUGGAGAGAGAUGGUAUGGUGUAUGCUCUGGGGGGAAUGGGCUCUGACACGGCCCCCCAGGCCCAGGUUCGGGUGUACGAGCCCCGCCGGGACUGCUGGCUUUCGCUACCUUCUAUGCCCACGCCUUGCUAUGGGGCCUCCACUUUCCUGCACGGGAACAAGAUCUAUGUCCUGGGGGGCCGCCAGGGCAAGCUCCCAGUGACUGCUUUUGAGGCCUUUGAUCUGGAGGCUCAUACCUGGACCCGGCACCCAAGCCUCCCCAGCCGCCGGGCAUUUGCUGGCUGCGCCAUGGCCGAAGGCAGCUUCUUUAGCUUGGGUGGCCUGCAGCAGCCUGGGCCUCACAAUUUCUACUCCCGCCCACACUUCGUCAACACUGUGGAGAUGUUCGACCUGGAGCAUGGGUUCUGGACCAAGCUGCCCCGCGGCCUGCGCAUGAGGGACAAGAGGGCUGACUUUGUGGUUGGCUCCCUUGGGGGCCACAUCGUGGCUGUUGGGGGCCUUGGAAACCAGCCAUGCCCCCUGGGCUCCGUGGAGGGCUUCAGCCUGGCCCGGCGGCGCUGGGAGGCACUGCCUGCCAUGCCCACAGCCCGUUGCUCCUGUUCUAGUCUGCAGGCUGGGCCCCGGCUGUUCGUCAUCGGGGGUGUGGCGCAGGGUCCCAGCCAGGCCGUGGAGGCCCUGUGUCUGUGUGAUGGGGUCUGAAUGCCUGAUGGGACCUUGCCCACUGAAGCAGCCCAGUACCAGAGGCAGAUGUCUGGCUUCUUGUGCUCCCGAGGAAGCGCACUGGGCCCCACAGGGGAAGGGAUGCACAGGCAUGGGCUCUUGAGACACUGCCUCCGAGACUGGGUAACGUGCGGGCUUCACCUUUAGUGUAGGACACACACACAUGCGUACACCAGCGUACUCUCGUUCAUUCAUGGACCACGCCUAGCUCCUCCCUUGCUCUGGAACCUCCUGAGCCCUCUGUCCAAUGGGGAGGUGGUGGGGGUGACAGCUGGCCUCAUGCCCUGCAGGGUCAGUGCCUACCUAGAGUUGACCAGGCCCACCCCAAUGACUGUUCCGGAAACACCCCAGCUGCCAGCCUGCCUUGAAGGCCCCUGUGAACCCAGGAGAGUUCAGAGAGGGCAGGCGGCAUGGAGGGAAUGGAAAAGCGCGGUGGGAACCUCCAGAGGGCCACAGGAGUAUUGGCUUUAGGCCCUUUACACUGCUGGCUGUGACCCUAGAAAGUCAUUUCACCUCUCUGUGCCUCAGCAUCCUCAGCUGUCAGUGGGGAUCCCGGAAACCUUCCCACCCUACCUACCUCACAGGGCUGUUGUGAGGACCCAGGGAGCGCAGACGUGGAAGUAAAA